AAAGCGUCCCGUUACAUCUCUGAAGUGUAAACGGAAGCGACAACUGAUUGAUGCCGAUCUGCAUGCCCACAUUUGGACACCGCAAAGCAAAAAACAGCGUGUCAUGAACGGUACCUUUCAGAUGACCUCGCUGAAAUGCAUCAGCUAUGACUGAUGUUGAGUCAUCCUAUGAAGACUUUAUAGCCUCAGGAAGGACUGGAAGGAGGAAUGCUGUACACAACAUUGUGGGGUCUGCAGGCAACCUCGAGUCAAGCGAAUUAUCUGAGACGCUCUCCAAGCUCAACAUCAGUAAAACGGGUAAUGACAAUGAAGGAGAGCCAAGCCAGGGCUCCUCAGACUCCCUUCCUAAGCCAGAGGAGGCCAAGCAGGAGGGCACCUAACUGAUAACUGAGAUAUGUGUGGGCAUUUGGGGGCGACCACAUACUAACCCCCCCUCUCCUAAUGCGUACCCCACUCCAAACCUCCCCAAACCCGAACCCCGUCUCUGAGAUCAGGACAUGGACGCUCUGCUGGUUAAACCACUAAGAGACAUGUUCUUCCAUUGGCCUGUGUGCACAGGGGAGGGGCUGUACCUAAAGCAGCCCCCGGACGCCACCACACUGAGGCAGCCUCAUGUCUGUGCUGAAGGCUGAGAGGACUCCCGCGACCAUUACCACCACUACGACCAUUCACUGCCGCGAUGGACAUCCAGUGACCUGCUGCCCCACCUACAGUCUGCCCUGUAGCUGAAAGUUCAGUAGGAACCAAUGCUUUAGGCAGGCUGCUUGUGGCACUACCACGCCAGAUAUUCAAUGGGUUUUCCCCUAGGGAGGCUCACUUGUUUGGGCCAUGAGGCCAGUGGAGACAGGGUAGGGCAGAGUAGGGUAGGUUCUGUCCUCCAGACGGACUUGUUGACCAACACCUGUGCUAAGACAAAGAUUUCGGAUCAAUAGAUCAAACUGCCAAAGUUUUUAGGCUUCACAUAUUUACCACCCAGCGGCUUUGUAGUUGUGAUGUGACAGCAUACUGUAGUUUACCCUCUGUUUACCAAUGUAUAGCAUAGGGGAAAAUACUUUUGUAUUCUUUCUGUAGGUAUGUUAAUUUAUUAACUUUAUACUGCCAUCAUAUAGUAAUAUUUGCAAGUUUUUGUGUGUGUAUAUACCAUAUAACUCACAUCCAGCCAGCAUGCAUGUUAGUACCAUCAUGUGACAGAAACCACUAUGAAGGUCACAUUUAUGUGCACUACAACUUUUAUAUGGAAGAGCUGUCACUGCCACGUCGAAGUUGUGACAAUGUUGUCAAUAAACUGCCCCUGUAACCGAGAGUCAAGACUGUGAUGAGAAAUACUGUAAGAUAUGCUUCUGGUGUCUUAGCCUGCCUGAGAUUUCUUCGGUCUGUGCAUAUUGGCGUAAACUUUACGGUGGUGCUCCGACUGAGGCCUUGAGUUUGUCAGUUAAGUUUUUCACAUGAUGUAUAACGUUAAUAAAAGUGCUUAAAAACCCA